CCUCUCCCUGUCUGUUACCUCCGCUUCACCCUCGCUUGCCCGCCGCCAACCUCCAGUACACGCAGGUGGGCCACUCCGUAAGGGACGGUACGUGCAUUGGAACACUGCACGGCUCAAGAUCGCGACGCGCUUGAGGCGCUCGUACCGUUCCCCAGCUCGAACACGACGGGAUCAAGGGCAAAACGAGUCCAGACGGAGAAGUCACAAGAAUGAGGAGCAAGAGCAAUGGACGAGGCCUAAGCAGAGAGACGAAAAUCGAAUUCGCACUUGCCUCAUCUCCUACUCACCCGCGCAUCCGUGGGUUGCGGCCGCAGGGUCAGCAUGUCAGUGAUUGUCCAACAGGACGACCGGACAGUGAUGAACCCGACGAAGACGGCCCUACCGGUUCGCUCGGUUCCAGCACCUCGCGCGGCGUAUCCUCUCCACCUACGGGCUCAACCGCUCGCCCAUCACCAUCCUCGUCUGGCGCGCUCUCUGCGGCGAACCGCGGCAAGCCGCUCCUCCCCCGCCUGUACCGCACGGUCUCGUACGUUGACUCGGUGUUCUACGUGGACUUCCUGCUCCUCAUCCCACGGACGCCGCGCCACAUCGACUUGCAGCACUGGGACGAGGUGUACGGCCCGAAGUACGUGCUAUCGACGAAGAUGGAGUAUGAGUACGUGCGAAAUCUGACGGCACGCGACCAGCCGACGACACAAGCCCGUUGGUGCAAACCCAACAGGUAUGCAGUUGACGAGCCUCAGCAUACCGCGCACGGACCCAUCAGCAUCAAAGGAUUGGCCGCCUACAGAUACGGAUCACGAACCGACGCGCACGGAUACGACGCGGGCCAGUUCGCCAUACAUAACGUGCCCAAGCUCGGUACGACACAGCUCAACGAGCAGCACUGCGACAAGCAACAGUCCACCAGGCAUCCGGCGCGGCUUGAAAUGGCCUGCCGAGCAACAGCUGGGCAUACUCCAGCUCGAUGCACAUACACCCGUGAAGGAUGAGCGUGCUGCAUCCUAGCCCGAGGAGGAGCCAGGCCACCGAGU